UCGGGGGAGGAGGUAGCUUGGGACCUGAUAAGAGGUCUGGGAAGGCCAGACAGGUUUGUGCAUCCCACUCAUAGCUGGUUCACUCACUGUGGAGGAGGCUGCUGUUUUUUAACCAUGGCUGGUGUGCAGACGGAGAUUGCCCUGUGCAGUCGGCCUUGGAGAGGACCCUUCCACAUCUAUGGGGGACUGGCAUGCAACUCGCUCAUGGCUGGUAUGGAUUUCUCUCUGCUGCUGCUUUGUCAAAGUCAAUUCUGUUGAGUAAAUUAGUGUUAGGUGAGAGCAAGAAAGCUACAAUUUGUCUGUGGUAUUGGUGUUGUUCAACAGAGAAUGUUUGGUGUCUCGAAUAAACACAUUAUACAGUAUGUUUUCCUAAGAGUUAAGAACCAGAGUUGUUUCAGAUAUUUUGGGAUGUUGUUUGAGGCGAUGAGAUAGAGAAAAUGGAAAGAGAGAGCAGUUAGGUCAAGAUAUCUUGGUGUGUUGCUAGAAGAAGAAUACUGUACUCACUGGGGGGGGGGGGGAAAUGGUUGAAUCAAUGUUGUUUCCAUGUAAUUUCACCCAAAAAAUUCAAUGUGAUGAUGUUGAAUCAACUCGGAAAACUGAUUGGAUUUGGGGGAAAAAGUGAACCAUGUUAGGGAAUUUCGUCCCCUUUUCACCCAACUUUGAACCUACAUCCAAUGACAUGGUGACAUUUUUUUGUUCACAAACCCAACCAAUUGUAAAUCAAAUCUAAACGUUGAACUGACGUCUGUGUCCAGUGGGUAGCCCACUGAUGUGUGUCCUGAAUAAAUAUACUGUAUAUCAUUGUCUUAGUGAAAAUAAGGGAACCAAAGUCUAGUUUCUGAAUACUUCAUUAUGUGAGACAAUGCAUUUCCCUCACAAUAGGCAAGUGCCUCUCAUUUGCACAUGAACUCUGCUGGCUGUUCCAGCAGGUUUGUCUGAUGCAUAUUCAUUUAUUUCUAUUGAUGAGACGAGCCAGUUAGUAUGACCAGCUUGGAGAGAGAGAGAGGAAGUCUGUCUGUGUGGGUGUUUAGUUCUCCCAGGUAGUGUUUUCUGUGAGACUGGGGCAGGAACUGGGCUUCAGUGUCUCAGGUCCAGGAGGUUGGUUGUCUGAUAAUGAUGUGCUGUGUUUGGACAGGCUACAGUAUGAAUGAUGUGUGUGUGUGUGUUUGCACAGACUUGUGGUCAGACAGGACUCCUCUCCACGAUGCUGCCUACCAGGGUAGACUCCUGAUCCUGAGGACUCUGGUCUCACAGGUACACAGUCAAAACGAUGUCUUGCAGUAUAAAGAUGACAUACACACACACACUAAACAAAACACACAUAUCACAUACACAACAUUAACUCCUCCAUCUUCUCCACUCUCAGGGGUUUCCUGUGGAUAUGCUGACAAUGGACAGGGUCUCUCCCCUCCACGAGGCCUGUCUCGGAGGACAUUACGCCUGCGCCAAGUUCCUGCUGGAGAACGGGGCCAAUGUAAGAAUGCAAUUUUCUAUUACACUCAAACUAGGAAGAAUCAAAGAUGAUAAAUUAUCGUUGUGUUUUACCAAUAAACUAAUGCCUCUUCAUGUGAUUGGUCCCUGUGUGUCUGCAGGGGGAUAUGGUAUCGACUGAUGGAGCCACACCCCUCUUCAAUGCCUGCAGCAAUGGGAGUGUUGCCUGUGUCAGACUGAUUCUACAGUACAGCCCCACCACACACCCUGCCCAUCACCUGGCAUCACCCGUCCACCAGGCUGCAAAGAGAGGUAAGUGUGUAUGUGGAUGUAUUUUAUGUGCAUUGUGACACAGAAUGACCCUUUCAUGCAGCAUGAUGGUGUAAUGGUAAACAUUGUACUCAGUAAACGUUGUUUCCCUCCUCAGGUCACAGGGAGUGUCUGGAGGUUUUGCUGUCCCAUGGAUUCCACAUAGACCUGGAUCUGCCUGGUGUGGGAACCCCUUUGUAUGCUGCCUGUCUGGCCCAGGCCACCGACUGUGUGGAGAGACUGCUGGAAUCAGGUGUUGAUGUGCAGGGUGGGUGUGGUCAUGACACACCAUUACACGCGGCAGUGCAAGGGGGAGGAGUCAGGUUGGUGGAGCUUCUGAUGGACUACGGGGCUGAUGGGAGUUGUAGGAAUUCAGACGGGAAGACUCCUCUGGAGCUGGCAGCUUGCGACAGGACAGUCAGAACUACAAUACAGAAAAGAGGUGAAAAUACUUGUUUAUUAAUGCAUUCACCCGCACAUCCAUGCAUACAUGAGUCUACCCAAACCUCCCACUGAGAACACACUGUUUGAAUCAACGUUGUUCCCACGUCAUUUCAAUGAAAUUGCGUUGAACCAACGUGGAAUAGACAUUGAAUUACGUCUGUGCCCAGUGGGCUGUUACAGUAUGAAAGUCUAUGUCUACUGAUGGAAUGCUAUCAAUAUAUUUUCCAUGUCUGACAUAUGUCCUUCCUACCUUCCCCUUCUUUAUUCUACCUUUUCUCUCCUCCUUACUGCCUCAACUCUUUCUCUCCAGGUCCCUGCACUCUCUCUCAGCUGUGUCGGUUCUGCAUUCGGAGGAGUUUGGGACAGGCUCGUCUAGACAGAACAUCAGCCCUCUACCUCCCUCACAGACUCCAGGCUUUCCUGCUUUACCAG